GCACCUGGGAUCGGAUCUAAAUUAAUUGGUAAGUCAAAAUGGGAGGAAAAAAUAAAGGUUAAUGAAAAGGCAGCGAUUUUUUGUAUUUUGAUCUUGGAAACCAGAACCUGAUUACAAAAUUGAACAACUACUGAGAAUCAUGAAGAUAUAACAAUUUCUUUGCUUUUCAAAGUGGAAAAUUUGCUAUACAUGAAAAAAUGCGAUUGAUAAAUCAAUUUAGUGAGCAUAUUCGAAUUUUUUAACUUAAAAUAAAUACGAAAACCAAAAAUAAAGUAAUUUGGAACCAUUCGCGGUCAAAUUCAAAAAAACCAAGACGAUGCUUUAGUUGCAUACUGGAAGGGGGCGUGGCUAUACAACAAUAGCCAAGAAUGUUGACAGCUGGUAUGUAUCAGCUGGUAUCAGUAUGAAUGGAAACGCCAAGUCGUCUACUGACAACCUAGGGUUAUGUUUUCAGUUAAUUCAUGGAUAAAUAGUAAUAGUUAUCAUUAAAAAAACCAAUUAUGACCUGUCUCUUCAAACAACACAAAUGGAAUUCUCGGGUGAGCUCAGUAUUAAACAAAGAUGUUAAGACUUUUGGUAAAAAGUAUCUGUUUGAUGACUGCGACGAAACAUGCUGGAAUUCUGAUCAAGGUUCACCACAAUGGAUAAUGGUGGAUUUUGAGAAUGAGAUUGAAUUAGGUUCUUUUGAAAUACAAUUCCAAGGUGGGUUUGUUGGAAAAGAUUGCGUAAUAGAAACAGGACAGGAUUACAGGAGUCUACAACCUGCAGAGCCUUUUUAUCCGGAAGACAUUAACCCCUUGCAAAAGUUCAUACUAAACAAUAAAAUAAGAGCAAAAACGUUUAAACUUGUUUUUGGUAACAGCACAGAUUUUUUUGGCAGAAUUAUAGUGUACAAAUUGUCUUUCUACUCUUGAUAAAUAUAAAGAAUAGCAUACAAUUACUACUAAAAACUGUGUACGUUAAUACUACAAUUAACAACAUCUCAAUAGAUUAAAAACUGGUUGAAGAAAAAACUCCAUCGGUCUCAGCAACCUUUCAGUUCAGUAUUUAAAUAUUCUGAAAUUUAUUCCAUAAGAGAUACAGCAUUUUCAGUAAUUUUUUGUCCAAAUUUUCCAUCAGUCAUCACCUAAGACAACUAGCAAAAACGAGUCAUCAGAUCAAGUCGAUAUGAUACACCACCAUCUUGCUUACAACGGUAAUUUUUGUACGGACGUAUUAGUUUUUACUCGAACCGUUCCACAAGAUUUCAUAAACAAUUUCGAUUUAGCAUCGAAUAUUGAAUUUUUUUAUAAAUACGUGGAUAUAAUAGGCGAAUGAGUAGAUACUACUUAUUUUGUCACCUGGAUGAGCAAACAAACAGUUCCUGUAGAUAUACUGUAUCAAAGUAUUCAUCAAUAUUCUUGUACAACGUAAACGCAGCUGAUUCAAAAUUAGCCAAAUAGCGGCAUAGUUCGAAAGUCAGCAUGCGGUAAAACAUGUAUUACGAUUAUUCAACAAUGUAUAGAAACAGAUAGCUAUAUUGUUUUUACUUUUUAUCCGUAAUUCGCACGCUAUUUGAGGUCCUAAAAAAGUUUAAAUACAUCAACAGCGAUCGAAGGCAUUCAUAGGCAGCAUUAUUCAUGUAGUUAUGCAUGUGUUUAUGUAUGUGGUUUACGAGCAUACAAUUAGGUAGCAACUGCAAUUACCAGAAAAUAAUUGUUCCUUACUUGAGCACCUAACAUCUGAUCUCAUAUUACAUCAUAAUUUAUAGUGUAAUUAACAAACACUUUGGAACAAAUAUGUGCUGGUCAGAAAUAUCCAAAGGCCAUUGUGAUCACAAGUAGAUAUACAUAAAUGGGUAUGUAUCCAUAAGUAUGCAGAGCCCGUGCUACCAAUGAAUGAGACAAGUAUAUGACCUACGUUGGUAGAUCUAACCAGUUUGAGUAUUUGGUAAUUAUGAAUUUAAUUAAAAUGCGGAUGCGAACUUUCAUUUCAAAAUGUCGGAAAAUGUUCGGCAGCAUGAACUCUGUAAUUUCUUAAUUCUCUUAUGGCCAUUAAUGUUUACAUAUUACAUUAGGUAUCUUAAUAUAAAUUUCAUUUACAUUAUAAAAGUAUAUUUUUCAUCUCUUUUCUGAAAAUCGGCAUAUAACAAUUAUCGUAUGUAGAUGAUAAAUUGACAAAGUAUUUAGUGAUUAAAAUAUAAAAAUAUUGAACAUUUAACUGUUCAAUCUCAUUGUACCAAUGAAUGUACACAUCAAAAUUGACAAUCAAAACAUCAUCUCAUCUGCAUUAUUAUUUAUAUACGAUACGUGUAGAAGAAAAAUUGACAAUACAAGUUGCUAUCAUAUAUUCAUAUAAAAGGUAUAAUUUAUCAUCACCUAUUUUCAAUUAGUUUUAUUAUCUGUUGUCGUAUUGCUCGCUAUGUCACAAUUUGAGAGCCUCGAGGAAAUUUCGUCUAAAUAUAUGUAUAGAAAAUAUAUACUCUGAUGUAACUAACAAGUCCAGUCUAUAUCAACGGCCAAUCAAUUGUGACAUUAUUCAUUUUCAUAGCUUUAAAUUUUCCAUUCCAAUAGUGCAGAUCGAAAAACAGGUGUAAUAACGCUAUCCUGCAGUAGCGAACUCACACUGUAACUGUAGUAGAAUAAAUAAUCAUGGGUAGUUUCGUAACCUAAAUCGAAGUAGCUGUUCGAAAAAUUUUUAAGAACUAUCAACAAACCUUUUAGCUCAUACGGAUUUAUAAAUGAUAAAAAUUAUCGAAACGCAAAAGGACUCUUUGGGAGAAUUUAUAUUCAUUGCAAAUUGUCCGUUUGAUAAAAUUUGCGAAGCACUAAGUCAGCAAUCUAAUUCAAAUUGGUUCUUUAUAACGAUAAGAUAAAUUCAAGUCCUUUUCAAUCAUGAGAUGUGGCUUAAAAAGAUUUAAAAAAAAAAAAAAAAAUUAGACGACGAGAUUU